AUGGCAAGGGACAAGACCAUUCACGCAUCUCAUGGUUCUUCGCGUGAAGCUCAAUCCUCGGGGCCAUCCAAGAAAAUGUCCACCGACCAUGUUGAUCGUGAUGGGAACCUUACCCUCACGAGUGCCCAAAGCCGAGAGUUCAAAUCCAACCUUCAAAAGUGUGCAAUCUGCACCGCAAAAUUUUACCACCAAGAUUCUAUGGAUCAACUCGGCCUUGACCACCACUUGCGACAAUUAUUUUUACACAUUAGUUGGCACCAGUUUCUCGAUCUUUCUGCACGUACCUACAAGCAUCCCACAAUCGAAUUCCUCUCCACCUAUGCCCGCAAUGACACGGCGAGGGUACUCACUUUCAAACUCCAGGGUCGGCAGCACCGACUCAAGUACAAAAAACUCAACAAGAUCAUGGGCACAUAUGACAUCUACAACUCCGACAUUUACAGCUACCAAUGGACUCAAUUCAAAAGCUUGCCCAACGUAGACUUUUGGACCCAAAUCACGAGCCUGCCCAAGUUCAAUCCCAGUCGCCAAAAAGACCCGUUUAUCAUACAUCCUUGCUGGAGAAUUGCCCACCGGAUCCUAUCCACAUCUAUCUUUGCUCGUCACGAGCCGGGACAAAUCAACACCGUUGAGUUGUAUUUUCUCUAUUGCAUGUCGCGCCACCGUUGGUCUUUACCCGAUUUCGCCACCUUCUUUUUAGACAAAUGUGACAGCCUCAGGACGAAGACCACUGGUGACAUUUGUAUUGGAGGUCUCAUUACCCUCAUUGGUUUGGGUAUGGGCCUUCAAUUUCCAGCAUCUAAAUAUGUACCAGUGGAUGAUCCACCUCUUUACCUUCUCGAUUGCACUACUCUCAUGCGGAUGGAAUUAAAUUUACCUCAUCCUAAUCUUCUUGGACAUUUCUCUUGGCUAAACCAUGUCAAGGACCCAGUUUACAUCUUACCCAAUCCAAGUAUCUCCACCUUCACCACCAAUGACCCCGAAACAUGGUUUUUGCCUCAAGACUUGCCAGACGAUGAUGACGCAGCCGCGGAUGAUGACAUGCAGGUGGAUCCUGACAAUGCUGAUAGCCCAUUCGAGGCCGAAGACCAUUAUGAUCUCCCAAUCCGCCAGCUACCUCUACCUCAUCCAGCUCAAUCCUCCGGGUCACACUUUCAGCCCUCGCGAGAACACUCCCAGCCACAUCAUGACUACCACUCAUACCAGCAACCCAAUGAGCCCGACCCUGCACACAACUUUCCUCUCGAUAUUUACAGCCAACUUGCUUCCUUGCGCCUCCAGGGCAAUAGAAACACCGCAGCCAUCCAACGCAUAGAGGAACAACAAGCACGCACCCACACUUACAUGGAGGACCUAUGGUAUCUUUUUCGGCCCGAGGACGGUUAUCCUCCUCGCGGGCCUCCUCCAUCUUGA